GCCAAAAGCUAUCUGAUGGAUUCGUCAGACCCUCUACGUCAACCCAACUCUAUAUCGACGAAGUCGAGAACAGACAGCUCAUAUUGAGCCCCGAUCAGGCCGACCUUCCGCCGACAGCAAGCCCGACCCUGGAUCACAUGCUUACCUUCCUCUACAUAGCGUACUCCAUGAUGGGGCUGCUCUACGAGUAAUUCCUACCUUCAAGAACACAUGCAGGCGAUUGUGUACUCUCCAUGCACAAGUGGAGAGUACGCAUCGUGGUUGGGUAAAUGCCGCCAUUGGAGGCGGUGUCAAAGGUUCUUAGCCGCUUCGGAAGGCUCGCAGACAGUUCUUCAUCUUGGUAAGUCCAUAUCAUACUAGAUGCUCUUGAUGAGUGCACUACCAGAGCCGAACUGCUCGACUGGAUGAAAACGCUGGUUGGGCCUGAUCUGAAACAAGUUCACCUCGUCGUGACAAGCAGGCGAGAAGAGGAGCUCGAAUCCUGUCUUGGUGGAUGGAUUCAUACCGACAACAGAAUGCCGAUAGACAUGGAUUCUGUCAACGAGUAUAUCCGCUCUUAUGUCAAAGCGAGGCGGUCAGCUGGUUGUAAGUGAUGGGGCAUGUCUCGCCAUUCUCUGACGGCGUGGCUAGCAGGAAGCCCAGGAUCAGUGCGAUGAUCUCGGUCGGCAUGUUGUCGAAGGGGGGGCGAUGCGGGGAGGCGACUGCCAU